UUCAUAUAGGCUGGCAUCUGGGAGGGGAUUCUCAUCAUGCUGUUUGUUGCAGUUGUCAGCAUGAAGGCCAUGUUGUUAUUAAUCGACUGCAAAUACAAGCUAGAAGAGAGGAAAGAAGUCCGGAAGCUUUUCAAAGUAUCCCCUAUUCCAAGACCUGAUGCAGAGAAAGGAGACGGGGGAGGAGGUGGAGGAGGAGACAAGGAAGAGAUGGAGAACCUCAUAAAUGGAAACUCAGAAAAUAGUGAAAAAGAAGUGGUAAUGUGUGGAGAGUCCAAUGGAGAGGUUCAUGUCGUCUCAGGAAGCAAGACUUCCAAGACAGAGGUAAAAAAGUCUCGCCGUUUUCAAUGCGAAAAUGAGCAUUUGAAGGAGUUAAAUUACGGAGAUCUUGCUUAUUAUGCUAUUGGAAGCAAAGGGAGGUUGAUUGUGGAGAUGUCAAUUGUCAUUUCUCAAACAGGGUUUUGUUGCAGUUAUUUGAUAUUCAUCUCAUCAAAUCUGGCAGCCCUCUUCCAGCAUCUUACCAUGUAUCAUUAUAUAGUCUUCAUGCUUCCCGGGUGUUGUGCUUUAUCUCUUCUAAGACAUCUCAAUAGAUUAGCAUUAUUCAGCUUGAUGGCUGACUUUGCCAAUGUUUUUGCAUACACAGUUGUGUUUUGGUUUGACUUUGAACACAUACACAAUGUACCAAUUCAUCCAAAGACAAUGUCAUUAGAAGGCUUCCCAUUCUUUUUAGUGAUAGCAUUCUACUGUUAUGAGGGAGCUGGAAUGAUUUUAGAUCUGGAAAGUUCUGUAGCUAUGGAUAAAAGGGAAAAAUUUAGAUCGAUAUUCAAAUUGGCAAUUGCUUCAAUGACAAGCUUAUUUAUUGGGUUCGGAGCCUGUGGGUAUUUGUCUUUUGGUCCUGAAACCAUGAACAUCAUUACUCUCAAUCUACCGGAUGGUGUAUUACCACAUGCUGUACAGGCUCUAUUAUCAUUCUCUCUUUACUUCACAUACCCUGUCAUGAUGUUCCCUGUUAUAAGAAUCAUGGAGAAGAGAUUGAUAAAUGAUCCUAAUAAUGAGGUUAUUAAAGGGAAUUUUCUGCGACUAGGGAUGGUUUUGUUGACUGCUGUGGUGGUGGUGUUAAUACCAAACUUUACUACCCUCAUGGCAUUAGUGGGGGCGACAUGUUGCACCCUCUUAGCAUUUAUUUUACCGGGGCUUAUACAUUGGAGGAUAUUCCAAGAGUCUCGUUCAUGUUUUGCCAAGAUUUUAGAUGUACUACUCAUAUUUAUGGGUUGUGUAGCAACCGUUCUUGGGACGAUAGAUGCCCUGAAGAGAUUGUUUCCUGCCCUAGAUCCCAACCACACAGCUGUAGAUACUGGAAUAUGAAGGCUACGAUCAACAUCCCAUCCAACAAGCAAAGACCAAAUGUAGUUCAGGUUAUAGAUUAGCUAAUGAUUGUGUGCUAUGUGAUGGCAGAUUUUAAUGUGGGGUUAGGGAUGGGGAAUCCCUGGUCAGUCACAUCUCAGCAAUAAUUACCUGGGGCCAGUAACACAAAGCAUAAUCAUUGAUCUUGGGACUGAUUUUCACAAUUGAUUCCAUUGGUACAUAUGUGCAAUCAGUUGUAAAAAUGAUAAUGCUAUUAAGGUUUGUGUUGUGUGAGGCACAGGCAUGUCUUUUAUUAUUGGCUCCUUUCAUUAAUGGUAAGGUCUGUCUGGACAAGACUAAUUACUGCAUUCUGCCUAAUAAAUCACUUAUAAUAAUACUGACAGAAUACCAUUCCAUUUCAUUACUGAUGAGAAAAUGCAUGACUUUUUUUAUUUAUAAACAUUGAAUAUGUGAUGCAUAGAAUAAUUAUCUAUUAUGUUGACCAAUUUGACGGAAAGCACAGAUACAUGUAGGGAGCGAUGGAGAAUUAUUUUCUGUUUUCUGUAUUGUUACUGCUAUACUUUUGAAUGGAUCAAAUUCAAAACAGACAUUGUUGAAAAUGGAUCAGUGCAAUUAAAUUCAAUUUGAAUUUAAAAUCUAAUCAUAAGAUGUAAUGUUGGUACCUAGACAUUUUCACAUAACAAAUGAUGCUGUAUAUUAAUUGGAACUGGUAUUCACAAACCAAAUGAUAGUGAAGAUUAAAUUUACUGAAUGUUUUUGGUAUUAUUCAAAUGACUUCACUAUGAAUAAUGACAGGUGCUAAUCCAGAGUCAGACUUUUGUCGGGUGCGAAUUUGUCAAAAAAAACUUGACAAGCAAAAAAAAAAAAGGAAUAAAUGCCAUUUUACAGGAUGUGCACUGAAGCCAAUCUAUAGGAUGCACCAUUAUAUUUUCAAAUUCUAUGGGGUGCACCUGCACCUUCCGCCACCUCAAUGGAUCUGUGCCAGAUUUAAGUCCUUCAAUAUCUACAAGAUACACAUUACAAUUCAUUUAAUGAAAAUUGGACGUUAAGAGAGCAUUUUUAAAUUUAGUAUAAAACUUUUGUCUUUCUUGCACAAAUGGUAAUACUAAAUGAUCCUUCAGGAAAAUGUUGAUUCUACAAUAAAAAAUGGCCCAUUUAGGACCAAAUGAAUAUGGCAAUACCCUUCUUGUUUCAAACAUGAGGUUUAUGAUUAUGGAGAUUUGGAGGCAUGAUAGUAUGCUUGAUUUUCAAAUAUUAUUUUUUAUUUAUUGUUAAAGAGACCAAUUGUGAAGAAACUGGGAUAGGUUUCAAUAUUAGAGAACUUUAAUAAAAUGACAUGCAACUCCUUAACCAGGAGAGCUAAAUUUUGACUUCAGAAUCAAUUUAUUCCAGGCAGUAGAUAUAUUGCAGACUUAGUAAAUUAAUUCAAGAAGACGGUUAAUGAUAUCUCUUUAUUUUGUGUUAUUUUCAAGAUCUUUGUAGAAGCCAACUAUUAUUAGAGGCAUACACAUCUCACCAAUGUAUUAUACUCCUUAUAAUAUUGAAUAUGGUAAUCCAUGUCUUCCAUAGUAUUGUGUGGUUUGUCCUUAGUUACUCAAGAAGUAAUGAGUAUUUUUUGGUUUCUUCUGAUAUCUCAAAUCUCAAAAGUAUCAUGUUAUCAUAUGAAUGUAAAUAUAUAUAUUUUUUUGAAGGCUGCCUUGUAAAGUACGUAAUUGUCUGAGAGAGAGAGAGAGACAAACUAUUUAUAGUAUUAAUGUAUACAUGCAUACAUCCGUGGGCAUUCGGGUGUUGCAUUUUAAAAAGAUUUAUAUACAAUUGGCAUGAAUUAGUUUUGGGACAAUUAAGGACCAUAUGAAUGCUAUUUGCUUUCAGAAAUUGAAGUUUAUUCAUUGUGCUUUGGAGUAAUUCAUAAUGAGAGCAAGCCAAUCUAAUACUUUGUGUGAAGUCUGAAUGUUUGUUUCUGGUAAACAGAAAAAGAAAGGUUAACUUCCAGGCAACCAAAUGAAUUACAACUUCCAUUUUGUUAGCAUAUAUAAGAGUACUGUUUUAUAUACCUUAUUUUCCCAAACCUAAUUAGUAAUGAUGACAUAAUAUGGCAUUCUUUUGGAGAGGUAACAAGAUCCUUUCUUUGUACAAAUCCAUGCAUAAGUGCAUGACCAUUUCUAUUUUCAAAUAGAAAUACUUGUGAUAUACGGUAUGUAUAUUUUGCUUUAAUAAUAAGGGUCGUCAGGUUUUUAUGUUAGGCAUAUUUCUAUGUUAAAUUAUCAAUAAAGAUAGUGUUGUAAGCAGGGUGAAUAUGAUCUAUGUUAAAAGCAAGAAGGCUGCACUACUUAAAAUUCAAUAUGAUCCUGUAAAUGGAUGAUUAUGAUUAUGUUGGUGUUACUUGUGCAACAGUGAACCUCAGUGUGAAAUACUUAAUGGUUCUGAUAAUAGUAAUCAUAAUAAUGUUCUAGAUUUUGUGGUGACAGGCUGAAAGUCCAAUGUAUGAUAUUAUAAACAGAAGUUAAAUUAAAACCAUGUAUUACUAUUUCGGUUAAACCUUUGGUAGACAAAAAAAAAAAAAAAAGUUUGAUGCACAUGUAUCUGUGUGCUCUAAUAUUCAUUUUAUUUGAAUUUUGGGAUCAAUUGCACACUUCAAACAUUGGUAUGUUGAUCAAUGUGCAAAUGCAAUAGAUGGUAAAGAUUUAUCACUUUUUGUGAUUGAUUGCAAACUUAGUGCUGCAUUUAUUUAUGAAAAGUCCAAGAAAAGAAAAAAUGUGCUGAUUCACUGGAGUUUGGGAGUGCUGUGCUUAACAUUAACCUUUGGGUAUGUGUCACAAUUGGCUGCCCAUACAACAAAUCUUGACUUUAACUCUCUCUUUGAAUAUCAUUGUAUAUGGGAGAAUGAUUUGAAUAUAGUAAUAAAGUUACUAUUAAAUGUAUGAAGUAUUUCAUAGAGAAUGUGCUGGUUGUUUGUGUAUAUGUAUUUAUGAUUCAAUAUUAUUACAAAAUGAAUUAUGUAGCCCUUCCUGUAUUGUACAGAUUUGUCAAUAGUUUAUUUAUCAUGUAUAAAUUGUAAAUUAUCUCUGGAAUUUACGAAUACAAUUGUAAGAACAUUAUUUUUUUAAUUGUCACAUGUUAUCGCACAGUGUAUAUGUUAAUAUUUGUAUUGACCAAUUCAUUUUGAUUUAUAAAUUUUAUUAACUUAAGAUUUGCACAAAAAAACAGGGCUAUCAGGGCAUACUAAUGUGGAAUUUAAAAUUUUCUCUUCUGUUGAAAGAAAGAAAAAAAGAGAUGUUUUGUCACUUGUCUUAGUAAAUAUGAAUAACAGAAUGAACAAAAUAUAAUUGACAUAAUAAUCAAAAGCACGAUUUGGGAAUACAGAUUCUGUACAGAAUCCAUUUUUUAUUUCAUUUCUUAGUAUUAUGCAUAAUCCGGACUAAAAUUAAUACCAAUCAUAAGAAAUUGUGAAAGCAAUAUUAGAUGAAACUACUCCAUGAAAAUUAUUUAGCUGAGCCUUAGAUUUUUUGUGUAAUGUUCAAUUCUGUUUAUAUUUUAUGUAAACAAGGCAUUACCUCAAGAUUCUCACAAAGAGUUCUCUCUAUCAAGAGAGGAUGUGUGCGUGAGCAUUCGUUAAUUUGACAAAUAAUUUGGCCCAUUUUAUUUAUUUUUUUCAAAAGACAAUGUAUUUGCUGUUCAAUUACAAAGUAGUGUUAUUGUUUUCUCUAGUCAAUUUGAAUCAACUGCAUCUAUAGUAGGUUCAAGUUUGGAUAUUUUUCAUUAAAUCUCAACAAUAGGCAAAUGAUCAUGCUUUCUAUAAUUUUAAUUAUUCUUUUAUGUUUUUUUUUCACCAUUUCUGUUGUCAAUGCAGGUACUUUGUUGACUAUCAAAAUAGUAUUUUGUCAAGUGCAAUAUGCUAUUAUAUUUUGUACCAUUAUUUUUAGUUCAUCUCUUCAGUUAUCCAAUGCUUGUUUUAUCCAUUUAUUUCAAUCGUUCAGAAUUUCUUACUAUUUUAUGCUUUAAGAGUAUUGUGAUUUGAAUUUUAUUUGACCCGAGUGAAGCUAAUCAAGAAGUAAAUUUAAGCAGCAGUUUGUUUUUCAAGGUUUUAUCAAGUACUUUUGAUCUGUUUUUAUGUUCUGCCCAGUAUUUUGAACUCAAAUGAAGGGGCAACCAGAAAAUCACCUUUAUUGUUAUCUUGGUAAUUAAAUGUCACUGGUGAUACAAUCCAACAGGAGGCACAAUAAAACUAGUGAAAUUCCAUUAAGUAUGGCACACAUUUAUUGUGUAAUGCAUGUGCUUUUUGCUAUGAAAUAUGGCUCAUUUGUGGUCAUCAGAGCUGUAAAUGAAGAAAUGUUGCAUGUGAUAAGAUUGUACGAUCAUGGUUUACUUUGAGGCAGAGUCGUCUUCAUUUUGUUCUUGAAAUGACUGAGAAUAUGAUUAUCAAUAAUGCAAUGAAUUUGAAUGGCAUAAAUGUAUGUAUGAGAUUAAAUUAAUAACAAGUCAA